UGCUCUGAAGUUUUACCGUGAGUGAAGAUUUGCUUUGCGUUUGUGUCUAAAGUAAGUUUCGCGUUUAAGAUUCAACUUGCAAGUUAAAGUCAGUAUGUGAAGAGAAGCCAUGAGUAUGGCCAGAUCUGUAUUGUGUUAAGAACUGGUUUUAUAUGUCCGAAUGAAACGAAAAGAAUAAUAUUUGUGGUCGUGGAAGAUAAACACAGCAACACGUAAGCCGUCAGAAGAGAUCUCUGUAGCUGUGAACAAUAGUUUUGCCUUCUGAAGACGAACGCACGACGUAGACGCAACGAGACUGGAAGAAGUUUGCUGACCGAGUUUCUCAAGCUGUUCUAAUUUGAAAGAAUAAUUCGGUAGCGUCAUGGAUACAUUGGUUGUCAGAAUGCCAACGCAACCGGCACCCAGGGUGUGGCAACCGUGGGUCACAGUUGAUAAACCAGGUGAUGAGAGGAAUUGUUCCACAAAGGAACUUCCGACAACAAGGUGGCGUCGAGAACGUAGAUGCAGGGAUAAACUUGGUGAUUAUACAAAGUCGCAACAGACCAAGGCUACCCAUGGCAUCCUACCAUAUGAUACACCUGCAGGCCCUCCAUUGCCAGAUGCCCUGGGGACACAUACUCAUACUUCCAUUACAGGAGACACGCCCCUUGACAUGACAAUGACAAGAGGCAGCAAACCUCCUCCAUCAUACAGUCAGUCGGUUGCAAAUUGCCGAAAUGGCCCUGCUCGUCCUUCGGUGAUCACGUGUGCACCACCCGCUGCAACAUUGUGGGGAGGCCGAAGUCCCGACGAUAAAGGCACAAAUAAAGAUGAGAAUGGAAGACAGGGCCACAGGCGUGAAUUGCUCUCUGGAAUGUGUGAUCCUGUUAUUGAUGAACACUUCAGGCGAUCACUUGGCAAAGACUACAUGAGUCUCUUUUCUUCAGACAGUACCACAACAAACAAUAAUAAUAACAGUAAUAGCAGUAAUGGCAAUAGUAGCAUUACUGUUACUGGUCUGUCAGUGGAUGAUCACUUUGCUAAAGCUCUGGGUGAAACGUGGGUAAAGUUACAAGGACAAACUUCCAAGUCCACUUCCUCCAGUACGCUGAUCACAAAGGAGAAGAAGCCCUCGGCCCCUUCAACUGCAACCGUAUCAGUGUCAGUCGCUAAGGAAACUACUCCAAGCUCAGCUCCAGCUCCUGCCGCAUCCCUUCUCCAGCAGCGGAGAGGGCUCGUCUCAAUAUAAAUACGUAUAUUGUCUUCUGUUUCAGUGUACAUAAUAAUAAAGUUUCAUUCUUUUAGUUGUUCUUGAACAGUCUCCUGCUAAACUUAGUGAAAGAGUAUAAGGAAUUGUAUAUACUAAAUAUAUCCAGUUGUUAGAUGGCUCUGGGCAUUAAGAUGCACUGCCAUUUCCUAUUUAUACAUUUUUCGCUUUUCAUGGGGAUAACAGUCUCCCCAUAUCCAAAAUUGUAUUCAGGCUCUAAAGGAUUCAGUGAUGUUGAAAUUAUUUUAAAGCUGCGGGACUUCAACAAACAGUAUCGAGAAAGAGUGAGUCCGUAUUUACUGUUACACCCGUCAGCAUGGUAGGUACAGCUGACAGUCUCUAGAGUGGUUUAGCAGUCAGUGAAGCUGCUUUGUUGCUGGAUGUGGUAAAGUAGUUGUUACGUUGAUGGCUUCAGUUUUUUAUAUUUUAAUGUAAUUAAAUUUCUCUUUAGGCAUAUAUUUUUAAGAUCUUCUUGUCAUUAAUGUGCAGGUAUGAGUAUGUUAUGAUUCUCGUAAUUUGUUUAAUAUUGAAAUUUUGUAUAGGUACGUAAGUUAUUCACUAGGAUUUGAUGAUCAUUUACUAGUGACCAGAUUUUUUAUUUGUAAACACAGUUUCAUUAGCUUGUUAAUGAUGUGGAAGAUGAGAAGUACAUACAAAAUAUUGGUAGGGAAAUCCUGAGAAAUAUCUAUGGAAGACUAAGUAAUGACAGGUAGGAUAACAUUAAGAUAGAUCUUCAGGGAUGGGGGUGAGUGGAACAAGAUCAGGACCAUGUUCAAUUGCCAGUUCUGGUAUUACCUGUUUUAGUGUUCAAAUUCUGUUAUCAAAUUGUUAGUUAUUUAUGAAUCUAUAUUGAAACUACUGUGUUCAAACUGUUUUACUGCAUCCCACGUUUACAAAAAUGUGUUUCCUUAUUUUAAGAAUUUGAUCUGAUCAUACAGAAAAGUGUUGACUUUUGGUAAUAUUGAUUUGAUAUUAGAUGUACUUGCAUGUUUGUUUCUGCCCUUUCUUGAGUAUAUAUUUUUGCAUACAUGAGCCAGUGUAGCUCAGUCAGUAUAGUAAUCGGCUUUUGGACUGGAUGACCAAAUUCGAUCCCUGACAGAGGUAGAGGAUUUUUCAUCUAACCUCUGCAUCCAAACCAGCUCUGGGGUCCACCCAGCUUCCUAACCAAUGGGUACCAGGGUUAUUUCUCGGGAGUAAAGUGCGGCCAGGGCGCGACGCUAAUCACUCGCCCCCAAAGGACUUACGUGGCCUAUAGUGGAACAGCUUUACUUUACUUUUUUUAUAUUUUUGCAUACAUUUAAUCAUAAUUUUCAUUAGUCUUGUUUUGACAGACACAUUUCCCAUUAUUUUAUUUUACUAUGUACAGAACAUGUCAGCUGCUAUUACCAAAUAUAUAAUAUAUUCCUAAGGCACUUCCAGGUCAUUUCUUGUUAAGGAUGUCUAUCCACAUUGUUUGAGGAAAUUUAUCAUAUUAAUUCUGUGUCUGUCUUAAAUAAGAGAUUGACACGUGUAGUCAACAAUUGCAUAUUUCCAACUUCGAGUCUCAGAGACAUGACACAACUCUUGCAAAAAUACUAACCUAUUAUGUGCACACUCGUUAGAAGUAUAAGAUUGUGUAUUGUGCCAAAAUAGUAUUACCUAUUGUUAAAGUGUUAGGUUAGGUAUAGCCCAGUUGCAAAAACUGAAGCAUCUUGAGUUGAUUUAAUUAUAUCGUGUUGGGAUAGUUUUAUUCCAAUACAUAAUAUAUGUGUAUCUUAAUUCCAGACCUGUGGAAGAUGAUACCACAGAACUACACUUCACUGAAUAUGGUUACAUUUAAGUGUAGUUGUGAUUGUGAUGUGAGAUGUUGACACAAAUUUUUAUUGUUGCAAAUAUACAAAAUGCCUUCUACUGAUGUCAUUCAUUCAGGUGGCAAUUGUUCGUGUUAGAAUAUUGAAUUGUAGCUCUGUAAUGACUCCCCAAGAUAACAGAAUUCUAAUGAUAUUCAUCUAUAAAAGGAAAAACCAAGAAUUGACGUAGUUACUUGAUACAGUAUUUUAUAGUUUAGUUUACGCAUGUUACACUGUUCUAUAAUUAUUAGAACUUUUAUGCUAAUUAGUAAUUGUGCUCAGAAGAAAAUAUAUAACAAAAUUCAAAUAACGUGAAGGAAAGAAUACGUAAUUGAAAGACUACUUUGAUUAUUCUGUGUGAAGAGGCGGUAAAUGUGAAUGGCCAGGUUUGUUUCUGUACACAAAUAUUUAUUUCUGUAGUAGGAUUUUAGGUUUCUACAGCUGUGAGCAUAAGGUUGGCUUUCGUCUGGGUUCGUACUGCCACGUUGCCCGAUAGAAGUUUACCAACAUUACCUCUGAAACAUCUGUAAACUGCAGACAACCAUCUUCAUUCAUUUCUCUGAAAUACCAUGACUUUCUGAAGGCUCUCAUAGCCAGUAUUUUGGCAACUUUUACUGUGUACAUUUUUUCAAUUCCUUGUGUGCUUUGUAAGCUGUAAUGCAUGAAUAUGAUGAUGCAGUUAGUGAAUGCAUCUUAAAGAGAAGACACUUUUUACUUUUUACCUGUCCAAUCACCAGGCAUAAGUGUCAAUAUGUCAUAAAAUUAACAUAUGUUCCUCUGGAAAAAGCACAACUAAGCUGAAGGUUGUUCUGAAUUACAUGAGCUUUUACUAUUUUUAAUCCAUCCGACAGCCAUUUACAUCAUGAUGUGAGACACACAACAGGGAUUAAUAUUAGGUAUUGUGUGUUGCUCACAGUCCAUUAGAUAUGCUGAACGGAUAAAGUAAAGAUUGUAGCAGAAAUGUACAAGAUUAAAAUGGCUGACAAUUAAUGAAGUCUUCUCGGGCUAUCAGCCGUGUUAGAUGUUGAUUAAUCUAACACGGCUGAUAGCCCGAGAAGACUUUAUUAAUGAAAGCCUCCGUGAAAGCUUCACAUCAUAUAUGGCUGACAAUGCUUUGCUGGAUUGUGAGCUUUAUAUUGAACAAUAUUAAUUAAUGUAGGCUUCUGUUGUGCAUUGGAAAGUAAAGCACUGCCUUAAUAGUGUGCUUAAAAGCUGUUCCUUGCAUUAAGUCAUUAAUAUGAAUUUGUGUCUGGGGUUAGCACAAGUUCAGAUUCGAUUGUUUUUGAGUACUGCUGGAGGCAAGUGGUAAGUUUUUGUUUCCAGCUUUCUUGAUGUUCAUAGUCACAUCAGUUGUGUUGUCUUGUGUGGAUCACUGCUCAUAUUCAUGGUUCAUUAAUCAUUGUGAUUGAAAUUGUUUUAUUCAUAAGCACUUGUUUCUUAUAGUAAAUGUUUUAAUAGAAACUCAUAAACAAUUUGGUUUUACAAGUCUGUUGCAUUUCAUUACAUUUGGAAAUAUUUAAACUAUAAACGUGAAUUUUUUGUGCACCAGUUCAAACCACGUGUGUGAACUUUAUAUGUAAGUACCUGUCAGUUAUAAAAGCCUGAAUUAUGUUUCAUAAACAGUGCCUCGACUGACGCUUAAAUUGCAGUUUAGAAUGUGAUCGAUCCCUGAUACACUGAUUAUCACUCCUUGUAUAUUUUCAGUAUGUUUAAUUGAUUCUUAUUUUUUGUUAAGAAAUUAAAGUUUGUAAUUGUUUGUGUUCACGGCCUAAUGCAAAUGUAUUGUUGUGUUGUUAUGUUAGUAGAAUAUAAAAACAGGUUUCCCUUUCAUAAAUAUACAGCAAUAAAUGUAGGCAUACAUUAUGCCAAAUUGUAUAUAAUUAUUAUAUUAUUAUUUCCAAUAUGUAUAUAUAAACAAACACACCAAUAUAUAAUACUUUGUUUACAUUGUCUGAUGUAAUAAGUUCUAUGUGAUGACAAGAAAUACUUAAUGUAAAUGUUUAAGUAGUAUGAAAAGUUUCCAUGUAAAGUGGAAAGUGUUUUGUUUUAAUAAACUGACUUAUCCUUAGUUUUGUUGCAGAAGGAUAGAUCAGUAAGUUGAUAAGUAAACUGUUCCCAUUAGGAAACAGUAGAAGUGUUCCUUGGCAUUUUGUGGGAUUUUCUGGGGUGUCUCGAUUUUGUUAGUUUAAUACAAAUAAUUGUGUAAAGUGAAAUAUAACAUAAUCUCUCAAAUGUU